AUGAAUAACCUGAAACCAAGUUUGGUGCAAUUUUUUACAGGGUUUUCUUCUAGAGAAGUAUUUGAUACUGUUUUUGAACUAGUCAACCCUGGAGAGAAAGGUAAAGAUAUUGUAAUGUAUGCAAAGAAACACACAGAAGAUGAAGAAAACCGAGUAAAAAGAAGCAAGAAACUGACACCAGCUAAUCAGUUUUUGUUAUUUUUGUGCCGUGUGAGGGUCGGACUCUUUGAAUUUGAUUUAGCAAAAAGAUUCAAUGUUUCAUUAGGCACUGUGAGUGUGAUUAUCAUAUCUUGGGCAAAUUUUCUUUAUUUACGCCUAGGUUCAAUGAAUAUUUGGCCAUCAAGGGAGCAGGUUGAUAAAACAAUGCCUGUUACUUUUAAAGAAAAAUACCCAACAACUAGAGUCAUAAUUGACUGUACAGAAUUGAAAACUGAAAUGUCUUCCUCUCUUCUUUUGAAAAGUCAAAUUUACAGCAAUUAUAAGAGUUCAAAUACACUUAAAGGUUUAAUAGGAAUAGCCCCGUGUGUAGUAACAUUUGUUAGUCAGUUGUACUUCGGAAGUAUUUCUGACCGAGACAUACUGAACGCAAUGUUUUUUUUAGGUUUGAACUUUAAUAAUAGAGAUAUUGUGAUGGCAAACAAGGGAUCUGACAUUCAAGACCUUUUAGAUCAAAAAGACGUGAACUUAAACACUCCUCUAUUCCUAGGACUGUAUGAUCAAAAUGACAGAAAGUGA